UGUUCUUAUGCAACAGUAACAGCAACAGCAAUAACAAUUCAAUUCAUUUGACCACAAUUGACAAAUUAGUUGUCUGAUAACUUCUUUCGCGUGUGUUAAGACUACAUACAUACAUACGUUGUGUAGAACAUAAUACACACAUUACAUAGAUACAUACAUAUAAACAACAAGUACAUGUUAUGUACAUGUUAUUUGUAAAAGAGUUCGUUCAACUUAGAUGAUGAUGAGAAUGUUGCAAGUUAACCUAUUUGUUGCAAGCCUAUGCUGCUUGGCAUUUUUCAACAAUUUCACACAAUGUGUUACCGAAACGAGAGGCAAUAGAAACGAUGAUGUUCCCACAAAUAUCGGACAACCCUUUACCCAUGCAUUUGAAAAUUGGCUUAAGAAAGAGAAAAGUAAAUUACAAGGCAAAACUCAUAAGGAAGCUCAAAGGAAUGGCGGUUUGUCACGUCUCUAUGAACAUCAACCGUUAGAGAGACAUUUCAGAACCAACGGCACAAUACCGCCAAACGUCGACACCUUCAAAACACCACAAAAAAAUUCACACACAUUAAAUAAAAAACUGCUCAGAAAACUAGGUUUUACUAAAGUGAAGGCGCCCAACAGUCAUCAUAGAAAGCGUUUAGCAGUCGAAUCAAGGCGUCAUUCGUCACCAGAUGAUUCUCAUAUGUUCAUUAUAAAGCUGCCACCGAAUUUCGUUUAUUACACCAAUCCAGGGGCAGGAGCUAACAGCAUCACGGAUAUGAAAUUGAAUUCACAAAAGACAAAUGUCUCAAACUUUCCAUUCAACUCAAAUGGUAAGCCUGGCCGCAUUUAUCAUUGGAAUCUACCGGUGUUACAGAAAAUACUGGGAAACAAACAGCCACUGCCAUUCACAGACGUAAAUGGCAAAAAAUAUGUUAUAAAUUUUAAAAAAUUCUCCAACUUUCAAAAACCCUGGGAAAAUGACAGUGUCGAAAAAUCAUAUAAAUCUAAUUAUAAAAAAUCUUUAAAACAUAAAUCUCCUUCAUAUUACGCGCCAACAGCAGCGGUUAAGAAGAAUAGUUUUAAUCGUUAUUUUUCAGGUAAUGGCAAGCCGAAAGGUUUCUAUGUUAUAAAAGAAAAUCAAAAGAAAGACUAUUAUUAUAAAAACAUAGUGCCAUAAAAAGAGAA